AUGACGGCCCUCGCCAGCCCGGCCCUGCUGCUGCUCCUGCUGGGCAUCCCGCAGGCUGCGAGAGCCCAGGUGAACCCGGAACGGGGCGAGCAGCAGCCCGCGGGGCAGGAGGGCAUCCCCGCCUCGGCCCUUGGCCUCUGCCCGGCCGUUUCCUCGGGGGUGCUGGGCGUGAAAAAUAACUGCUGGGAAGCGGCGCUGGAUGCAGUGCCCGGGGAGCUGGCCGGUGCCCGCGGGACACUGCGCGGCACCGUGGGCACCAGGCUGGACUCAGAGGACGGCGAUGGCGCCUGGUGCCCCGAGAUCCCAGUGGAGCCCGAUGACCUCAAGGAGUUCCUGCAGAUCGACCUGCAUGCUCUGCACUUCAUCACACUGGUGGGCACCCAGGGGCGCCAUGCAGGCGGCCACGGGAACGAGUUUGCCCCCAUGUAUAAGAUCAACUACAGCCGGGACGGCACUCGAUGGAUCUCCUGGAGGAACCGGCAUGGGAAGCAGGUCCUGGAUGGAAACACCAACCCGUACGACAUCGUCCUCAAGGACCUGGAGCCACCCCUCAUCGCGCGCUUUGUCCGCUUCAUCCCUGUCACCGACCACUCCAUGAACGUGUGCCUGCGCGUGGAGCUGUAUGGAUGCGUGUGGCUCGAUGGGCUGGUGUCCUACAAUGCCCCGGCUGGGCAGCAGCUCGUCCUUCCUGGAGGCACCAUCAUCUACCUGAAUGACUCUGUGUACGACGGAGCGUUUGGGUACAGCAUGACAGAAGGACUCGGCCAGCUGACGGACGGGGUGUCGGGCCUGGACGACUUCACGCAGACCCACGAGUACCACGUGUGGCCGGGCUACGACUACGUUGGUUGGCGCAACGAGAGCACCACCGGUGGCUACGUCGAGAUCACAUUUGAGUUUGACCGGAUCAGGAACUUCACCACCAUGAAGGUGCACUGCAACAACAUGUUCGCCAAGGGGGUGAAGAUCUUCAAGGAGGUGCAAUGCUACUUCCGCUCUGACACCAGCGAGUGGGAGCCCAACACCAUCUCCUCGGUGCUGGUGUUGGACGACGUGAACCCCAGCGCCCGAUUUGUCACCGUGCCCCUGCUCCAUCGCAUGGCCAGUGCCAUCAAGUGCCAGUACUACUUUGCUGACACCUGGAUGAUGUUCAGUGAGAUCACCUUCCAGUCAGAUGCAGCCAUGUACAACAACUCGGCAGCCCCCCCGGAGGUGCCUGUAGCUCCCACCACAUACGACCCCACACUCAAGGUAGACGACAGCAACACACGCAUCCUGAUCGGGUGCCUGGUGGCAAUCAUCUUCAUCCUGGUGGCCAUCAUCGUCAUCAUACUGUGGCGGCAGUUCUGGCAGAAGAUGCUGGAGAAGGCCUCUCGGAGGAUGCUGGACGAUGAAAUGACCGUCAGCCUUUCCCUGCCCAGUGAGUCCAGCAUGUUCAACCACAACCGCUCCUCCUCGUCCAGUGAGCAGGAGUCCAACUCUACCUACGACCGCAUAUUCCCCCUGGGCCCAGAUUACCAGGAGCCCUCGCGCCUCAUACGCAAGCUGCCUGAGUUCACGCCGGGGGAUGAAGACACAGGCUGCAGCGGCCUCGUGAAGCCGGCCCAGGCCAGCAGCCCCGAGGGCGUCCCGCACUACGCCGAGGCCGACAUCGUGAACCUGCAGGGUGUCACGGGCGGCAACACCUACUCGGUGCCGGCCCUCACCAUGGACCUGCUCUCCGGCAAGGACGUGGCUGUUGAGGAGUUCCCCAGGAAGCUGCUGACCUUCAAGGAGAAGCUGGGAGAGGGCCAGUUUGGCGAGGUUCAUCUCUGUGAAGUGGAGGGGAUGGAGAAGUUUGCAGGGAAGGACUUUGCCCUGGAUGGCUUAGACACCACUUCCAACCAACCCGUGCUGGUAGCUGUGAAAAUGCUGCGAGCAGAUGCCAACAAGAAUGCCAGGUAUUGGGGCAAGUUCACGACGGCCAGCGACGUGUGGGCGUUCGGCGUGACGCUGUGGGAGACCUUCACGCUGUGCCGGGAGCAGCCCUACUCCCAACUAUCGGACGAGCAGGUCAUCGAAAACACCGGCGAGUUUUUCCGGGACCAGGGCCGGCAGACUUACCUUCCCCAGCCUGCACUUUGCCCUGACUCUGUCUAUAAGCUAAUGCUCAGCUGCUGGAGACGAGACACUAAAGAUCGUCCCUCCUUCCAGGAGAUCCAUCGCCUUCUCCAGGAAUCAGCCAGUCAAGAAUGACCCACUGCUCCCCCACCUAGCCCGGUUCCCCUUCCCAUCCCCAGAGGAACCUCAUACACAAACUGAAGCCACUUCGCUUGGACUUAGCAGUAAAACCCCGGCAGCUGGUCUUGUUCUCAUUGUACAGUAACAGCCUAAGAAGAAAACCCCAAAAGCAACAAGAAGAACCCAGGCAGGUUGGACAGCUUGGACUUGUUUGCUGAACUGAGCUUGGGAGCGACGCGGGCUGAGACAAGAGUUAUUUAUUGAUGCAGCGUGUUCUUGGUGGCAACGGAUUUGGACAGAGUGGGUUCUCUCCCCUGUUCAGAGGGGAGGAACGUUAGCUGUAUUUUCUCCACGAGGAAGCU